AUGUCAGAACCUUUCAAUGCUGAAAAUACAAGGAUAAUCCGUGAAUCAGAAAAGAAGUUUGCCAAACCAAACUUUAUCUCAUUUGAUUUGUUUGGCACCAUUUACAAACCCAAAAUUCCUGUCCCUGAACAAUACCACCAAAUUACAAGUCAAGAGUUUGGUAUUUCCAAAUCUGCAGAAUCGAUUGCUAAAGAUUUUGCCAAAGUUUUUGAGGAGUUACAAGAUGAAUACCCCAAUUACGGCAAGGGAGUUUCUGAAUUCGAGCAUUCUGAUGCCUGGUGGAAAGAGCUCGUUACUCGUGUGUACGAUUUACCGCGAAAAGAUCCUAAAACCAAUGACAUUUGUAACCGGUUAGUUAACCAUUUCACCAGUUCUGAGGCAUAUGAUGUUUAUGACGACGUUCUUCCAACUUUGGAAGGGUUGAGGAAACGUGGAGUGACAAUGAUUGCGUCUAGCAACUCAGACUCACGUUCGGUAAAGAUAUUGAGGAGUCUUCAGUUGAUCGAAUUUUUCAUCAACGUGAAUUUGUCUUAUGAUUAUGAAGUCGGCAAGCCUAAGAAGUCGUUUUUCGAUGCGGUUGCAGUAAAAGAGUACAGAAGUGAAGUCGAUGGAGGAUAUAGGGGGUUGACUCCGCCGGGAGAUUUUUUAUCGGGAUGUUGGCACGUUGGAGAUGGUCAUGAGAAGGACUUUGUUGGAGCAAUUCGGGCCGGUUGGAAUGGAAUAUUGUUGGAUAGAGACGGAACCAGUGAGUUAAGCUUGGGAAAGAAAAGGCAGAACAAGUCUACUUAUGACGCUUGUUAUAUGUCACAAGGUCAUGGAAGAGAAGAGGACGAGAGUGAUGAUGGUCCAUUGGUCUUGGCAAAUAACAGAGUUGUCUUGUCACGCUUAACUCAACUUUUGCAACUCUACAAUUGGUAG